UUAUGUUUAAAAUUAUCAAAAAUUAUUUAAAACAAAAAAUUUUGUCACCUUUUCUUUAAAGGUAGUUGUUGUGUCAUUACUGACAAUAGUACAUCACGUGAUUCCGAGCAUUACGGUAGUCAUGAAAUGUGAAGAUGUGUAAUUACCAUUUAGAUAUACGACUGUAGAAAAUGUGUUAGUUGUGUUAUCUGUUCUGUAAGGGUAGUUGUUAUGUCAUAAUAGAUAAUAGUACAUCACGUGAAUCUGAGCAACACAGUAAUCACGAAAUGCGAAGACGUGUAAUUAUUAUAUAUACAUAGCUUGGGUAUUGGUCGCCCAGUCCAAUAUCUAUAGGGGAUCAGUUACAUCAAUCAACACCAAUUUUCACAGCUGCACAGGUAAUAGCUACAUAUGGUGACAUCAGCAUUCCAGUAAAGAUGGAAGAAGGCGAUUAUAAGAAGGCACCGAAAGAGGUGUUUUCUCCAGAGAAGAUAGACCCAAAUAGUUGGACUAUUAGUAGAGUGCCUCCUCGAUUACGUGAAGUAAAUCCAGAAGCCUAUAAACCAAAUGUGGUUUCAAUCGGUCCCUAUGGUCGUUAUGAGGAACGCACACGUGCAAUGGAAGUUGUCAAAGAGAAUUUCUUCAGUAGCUUCAUUAAGGAAACCAAGCGUGAUCGCAGCGAAUUUGAAGAGGCCAUGAAAUCAAUAGCAGAACGAGUUAACAAAUGCUACCAAGAUUACCGUGGCACUUAUGUUCAAGUAGACAAGCUGGUCCGUGAUGGAUUUUUUAUUGUUUCGCUAAUACGGGGGAAGUACCCAAAAGAAAAUUUUUACCAACUUGGACGGAUUCAAACUGACAUUCGGUAUGAUUUGUUACUGUUCGAAAAUCAGCUUCCUUUCUUUGUGCUUUGCCAUCUAGAUCGCAUAAUAACGUCAGAGGGUGAAGAUGAAGAUGCUUGCAUAACAACGUCAGAGGGUGAAGAUGAAGAUGCUUGCAUAAUACGCAUAAUUAUGUCAGAGGGUGAAGAUGAAGAUGCUUGCAUAAUAACGUCAGAGGGUGAAGAUGAAGAUGCUCGCAUAACAACGUCAGAAGGUGAAGAUGAUCGCAUAAUAACGUCAGAGGGUGAAGAUGAAGAUGCUAGCAUAAUAACGCCAGAGGUUGAAGAUGAUACGUUCGCUCGUUUAGCUCUUUCUCUUUUCCGAAAAGAGGCGCGACGACCAGCGAUGUGGUCUGAAAAGUACUAUCCCACAGGCAGAAACCCGAAUGAUUUCAAGCAUCUUCUGGGCUUGGUACAUGCUACUUGCCUUCCUUCAGCUCAAGGAAGAAAACGCCACUUUGAUUUUAAACGAAAAGCAGAAGCAAAAGAACCAAAAUCCCAACGCUCAUGGAAAUUCAUACGCAGUGCAACAGAGCUGGAAGAGGCAGGAAUCAAGUUCUUUGGUGAGCAGGUGCAAGAUAAGAAGAAUAAAUCAGGGGUAGAGAGCUUGUUCGAUAUAGAAUUUACAGAUGAUACAAAAGUACUGAAGAUUCCCACCUUCCACGUUGACGAUAAUACGGAGCGUAUCUUGCGAAAUUUAAUGGCCUACGAACAAUCCAUCCCAAGUUCGGAACCAACUUACGUUAGUGAUUAUGUGACGUUCAUGGAUAACCUCAUCAACACAGGCAAGGAUGUGCAAUUACUCUGUAACUGUGGAGUUGUUGAUAAUUGGUUAGGGGAUGAUGAAGCAGUUGCCCAAAUGGUUAACAAACUUCGCAACAACAUUUACUCGUCCGAUGACUUCUACUAUGCGGAGAUAUUUGGUAAGGUGAACGAGCAUUGCCAGAGAAAAUGGAACAAAUGGAAGGCAACAUUGAAGAGAGAUUAUUUUAACUCGCCCUGGUCGCUUAUUUCCUUCCUUGCUGCGGUUGUCUUACUCCUAUUUACCGCGAUACAAACUUUAUUUUCGGUUCUUUCUUAUGUACAUCAGUAAGUCUAAGUUUUCUUAAGUUCCCAUGGUUGAUGGGAGGCAGGGGAACUACUAAAAGCUCAUGUUAAUGAGCUAUUACAUAUAAUAAAAUAAAUACUUGAGUGCUGCCAACAGCCAUGUACGUGUAUUAAUUAGAUAGCUGUUUGUACGUGUAUUAAUUAAUUGUGUAAUUGCUUCGAUGGAUUAAUGCUUAUUC